AUGCUCAAAGACGAUUUACCUAAAAUCAGACCAGAAACAAGGCUGAAGGUGCUGUUCGCAGUGGGGGGGGACGGAGAGCUCAGCGAGCCUCUGGAGGUUGGCGCUCUCAGCUGUGACUCGGUGGAGCAGGUCAAAGAGAAGAUCCUCAACGCCUUCAAGGCCAAGUUUGGGUUCCCCUACAACACCCCCCUCAGGGACAUCCAUAUUGGACAGUUCCAGGACAAAAGAGUUCCUGAUAGAGCGACAGUUAAAGUUCUUUCCAGGAAAACUCAUCCUCCUCUGAGCCCGCAGGGAAGUCUAAAGGAUGACGAGGACUUCUCUGGGAAAUACUUUCACUUGAUUGAUCCUGAUGUAGAUGAGGACCAGAGGAAGAACCCAGAGAGGAAGAAGUUAAAACUAAAGGAAGUGCACCUCACCAAGCUGCUCUCCACAAAGGUGGCCGUGCAUUCCUUUGUGGAGAACCUGUUCAGGUGUAUCUGGGGGACGCCGCACUGCAGGGCACCGCUUGCUGUCAAAUACUUUUUUGACUUCCUGGAUGCUCAAGCAGAUUCUAUGAAGAUCACCGACCCAGAUGUCCUGCAUAUCUGGAAGACCAACAGUUUGCCUCUGCGCUUCUGGGUCAACAUCCUGAAGAACCCCCAGUUUGUCUUCGACAUACAGAAGACUCCACAGCUGGACAGCUGCCUGACCGUCAUCGCUCAGGCCUUCAUGGACUCCUUCUCCCUAAGUGAGACCCAGCUAGGAAAGCAUGCACCAACCAACAAGCUCCUCUAUGCCAAAGACAUUCCCAAGUUCAAACAGGAAGUAAAGGCUUACUACAAGCAGAUCAGAGACCAGCCACCAAUCACAGACUCAGAAUUCAAGGAAUUCCUGCAGGAAGAGUCAAAGAAACAUGAAAACGAGUUCAACGAAUCUGUAGCCCUCAGAGAACUCUACAAGUUCAUACAGCGCUACUUCACAGAGAUCAAAGAGAAGCUGAACCUAAAUGGAGCCCCUUCUGAGAUGAUGGAGCAACUACAACAUGUUAAAAACUCUUUUGAUGAACUGAAGAGCUGCUCCUGGAACUGAGCAAGCCUUCUUCCUCUCACAUGACACAAAACCCUGCUGGACUCUGAACUCUGGGAAGUCCUUGGCAUCUAUAACAUUGAAGUGAUGCACCUGUCAGUAGUUCAGUUUAUAAAAAAUAUGCAUUUACGGAAAUCAGACAUGUAACCAACACAUAUGUCAAUAAGAACCAUUCUUCUGAGGUCAGAGGACUGUACUACGAAGCUGGUUCAACCUAACCUGGAUAUGUUUGAGUUAGCCGGUUGGCCUAAUCCAAAACAUACG